AUGGCUAACGAAGCCAACGUACCAGUCGAGGGCAACCGACCUAUUAGCAUAAGGGAUGCAGCGGACAUAGUGCCACCUUUCGAUGGCCACAACAUAUCCGUAUAUCAAUUCACGAAGAAUUGCCUUAAUGCUAGAGGAAUGAUUUCACCGAACGCCGAAUACGGCCUGGUCCAGCUAAUUAAAAACAAAUUAUAUGGACAAGCUUCGAGAGUAGUAUUGAGCGGAGACUACAAUACAAUCGAACAGCUAAUUACGGUAUUAAAAUCACGAUUUGCUCCUUUGUACUCAUCGAUACAACUAUACGGAGACAUGUCGAAGAUGGCUCAAAUGGCGAACGAAGCAGUCGUCGACUAUAGCAGCCGAGUCUCUAGUAUCCUGCUGCAAAUUCAGAACUGUAAUGAAAUUGAAGUUCCUGAUCAUACGCAGCAAUAUAAUGUAUCUGCAGCAGCCAAUGCUGUCAAAGCAUUUCUGACUGGGAUGAAACCAGAAAUCUUCAGUCGAUUGCGAAAUUGCGAAUUCGACACCUUGGACGAUGCAAUUAGCGCAGCUAUCAAAGGCGAAGCGGAAUACAAAGAAAACAUGAUGAGAACGAAGAUAACUGAGGGAUAUACCCAGGCCGUUCAAUGCAGCAAUUGUUUUGGAUACGGCCACAGCACCAACACCUGCAGUAGCCGUUCAUUCCAAAGACAGCAGGUAUCAUCAAUCCAGUGGCAGCCAAAAUAUUGCCAGCAUUGCCAGCGCCCGGGACAUACGAUUCAAAAUUGCUGGUUCAACAAUAACAACUUCAACAACAAUAAUAACAACAACUUCAACAGCAACUACAACAACUACAAUAAUUACAAUCAGCCAAGAAAUCAAUGGAUGCAACCAAACCGGGUUCCACAAAACCAAACCCCGAACGGGACAACCACCGGCUUUUCAACAUCCGGCAAACCAACCUUUGGCGAAUCCGACAAAUCAAACCCCGGGAAAUCAACCUCCUAA